UCAAACCAAUAUAAAACCCCGUUCAUUUUGUCGAGGCUACCUGUAUCUCUCUUGGCAUUUCUACGAACGGAACAAGGAUGGCAGGAGUGCCUCGUGGUCUCGCCUCUCACCUCCUUCGUCGAUCUCUCCUUCCAUCCUCAAUACCUGCCGUCGAUCGCAGCAAGCUCCUCCACGCGUCCUUCCACAGCAGCUCUUCAUCUUCUUCUUCCUUUUCUUCUCGCUUCUUCUCUUCUCCCACGACCUCCUCCGACCUCUCCCCUCGCUCCUCCAAGCCCCUCUCUCUCGCCCUUGCAGGUGCCUUAUCCUUCUCCUUCGCCGCAUCAUCCAUUUCAACGGCCGCAAUAGCCAAAGAGCCCCUAUCGCCUGAUCUCCUACCCCGCGAAGUCGUCCUCUAUCAGUAUGAAGCAUGCCCCUUCUGCAACAAAGUCAAAUCAUUCCUAGAUUAUCAUGACAUACCAUACAAAGUUGUGGAGGUCAACCCCCUAAGUAAAAAAGAAAUCAAGUGGUCCGAUUAUAAGAAGGUUCCAAUACUGACAGUGGAUGGUGAACAGCUAGUUGACUCAUCAGGAAUACAAGCUUUUGGCUGUGAUGGUGCAGAUAUAAUUGAGAAGUUAAGCCAUAGGAUCCAUCCUGAAAAACAGGUUCUUAGUGAUGAUGAAGAGAAGAAAUGGAGAAGGUGGGUUGAUGAUCACUUGGUCCAUGUCUUAUCACCAAAUAUAUACCGAAAUACUUCUGAGGCACUUGAAUCAUUUGAUUAUAUCACGAGCCAUGGCAACUUCAGCUUUACAGAGAGGUUGACCGUGAAAUAUGCAGGAGCAGCAGCUAUGUAUUUUGUAUCCAAGAAACUGAAGAAGAAACAUAAUAUCACCGAUGAGCGUGCAGCUUUGUAUGAAGCUGCAGAAACAUGGGUUGAAGCACUGAAUGGCAGAGAUUUUCUUGGGGGCUCCAAUCCUAAUUUGGCAGACCUUGCUGUCUUUGGAGUCCUAAGACCAAUUAGAUACCUAACGUCUGGUAAAGAUAUGGUAGACAACACCCGAAUUGGUGACUGGUACACACGCAUGGAGACGGCAGUUGGUGAGCCUUCGAGGAUCAAAUCUUAAAAUGUAUGCAAUUUAUUUUACCAGAGCACAUAAAAUAAUCAUACUUUACAGUUCUGCUGUUACAAUUCAUUGUUUAAAAAGCAAAUUUUGCCAUUUUGAUCGUA